AUCGAUUUUUCCUUUUUUUUUUUUUUUUUCACCCUAAUUGCUGCCAGUGGAGUGAUGAACCUGAGGCUGAAGGCAAGAAUUUAUUUUUGUCUUUUUUGUCUUUUCUUUUAGAACCGGCCGGCCCUCAAAAGCGUAAUUCUUUGAAAUACCAGCACCGUCACUAUGAACUUCUCAUCUCUCAGAUACGAUUCCAACGCCAUCUUCGUUGGGCCCCACAAUCUCGCCCGGUCUCAAUCCCAUCCUCACGUUUUCCCCCACAACCAGCCGCAGUUGCAGAGGAAUUUUAUUGAUUUCAAGAGAUUCGAUGUUGUUUGCGCGUUGGGUAAAACUGCUUCUCGAGUAAACCAGUCCGACUCGGAACUGAAUCGAAUCGAGUCACUGAGUCAGGUCUCUGGCGUGCUGGGUUGCCAGUGGGGUGAUGAAGGCAAAGGAAAGCUCGUAGACAUCCUCGCAAAGCACUUCGACAUUGUGGCUCGGUGUCAGGGUGGAUCUAAUGCUGGGCACACUAUUUAUAACUCAGAAGGCAAAAAGUUUGCGCUUCACCUUGUUCCUUCUGGCAUUCUCAACGAGGAUACUGUCUGUGUAAUUGGUAAUGGGGUCGUGGUGCAUCUGCCUGGAUUCUUCAAAGAAAUCGAUGGCCUGGAAUCUAAUGGCGUCUCUUGCAAAGGAAGGAUAUUGGUAUCUGAUCGCGCUCACUUGCUAUUUGAUUUUCAUCAAGAAGUUGAUGGGCUUAGAGAAGCUGAACUUGCUAAAUCCUUCAUUGGAACUACUAGAAGAGGCAUUGGACCUUGCUAUUCAAGCAAGGUUAUCCGGAAUGGCAUAAGAGUAAGCGACUUGAGGCAUAUGGAUACUUUCCCUCAGAAGCUUGAUCUUUUAUUGUCAGAUGCAGCUUCAAGAUUCCAAGGUUUUAACUAUGGCCCUGACAUGCUCAGGAAAGAAGUUGAACGAUACAUGAGAUUUGCUGAGAGGUUGGAACCCUAUAUCACUGAUACCGUGCAUUUCAUGAAUGAUGCUCUCUCUCGAAAAAAGAAGAUACUAGUUGAAGGUGGUCAGGCAACUAUGUUAGAUGUCGAUUUUGGAACUUAUCCCUUUGUAACUUCCUCUAGUCCGUCAGCUGGAGGAAUAUGCACAGGUCUUGGCAUCGCUCCAAGAGUUGUUGGUGAUCUUGUGGGUGUGGUCAAAGCAUACACUACAAGAGUUGGUUCUGGUCCAUUCCCAACAGAAAUUUUGGGUAAAUGUGGUGACCUACUUAGAUUUGCUGGACAGGAGUUUGGCACAACAACUGGUCGUCCACGUCGUUGUGGCUGGCUUGAUAUAGUUGCACUGAAGUACUGCUGUCAAAUAAAUGGCUUCUCCUCUCUGAACCUUACCAAACUUGAUGUCUUGUCAGAGCUACCAGAAAUUCAGCUGGGUGUUUCAUACAAACAAAUUGAUGGUAUACCAAUCCAAUCAUUCCCUGCAGAUCUUUGUGCUUUGGAGCAAAUCAAGGUGGAAUAUGAAGUUAUAUCUGGGUGGCAGUGCGAUAUUUCCUCCAUCAGAAAGUACUCUGAACUGCCAAAUGCUGCACGUCAGUAUGUCGAAAGAAUAGAAGAACUCGUUGGUAUACCCAUUCACUACAUUGGAAUUGGGCCAGGACGUGAUGCCCUCAUAUACAAAUGAAUAUCGGACUUCUCUUAGCAUCUUGGUGCAAAUUUUUUCUCUAGGCAUGAAGUAUUUAGUGAAGACAGGAAAAUCUAUUGGUGAACAAAAUUAGUGUAACAACGUAUGUUUAUGUAGUCUCUGGAAGCUGAUUUUGAUCAUAUAUGCCGAAUUUUUAUUGUAUUGUACUGUGCCUUUAAAACAGAACCCUGUAGCAGAAUUUUGUCACCGUGAUAUCAGCUCUCGUGCUUUUGACAAACCAUUUUCAAAGUUGUUCAA